AUGGAACAGCAAUGUACUUUAUUGGACCAAUUGCCGACUGAAUUAUUUUAUUUGUUAUUUGAUUAUUUUUGGGCUCAUGAAAUUUUCUUUUCAUUCACAAGUCUUAAUCGUCGAAUUAAUUCAAUAAUUAAAUCUUAUCACGCUUAUCAUCUUAACUUUGAAUCCAUUCGAAAAUGUGAUUUUACUCAGAUUUGUGAAUCAGUUCGACCUGAACAGGUCAUUUCAUUGAUACUUUCGGAUAAAAAUGAUACACCAAAUCAAUCGACAUUGUUUUUAUCUUAUUUUCAAAUUGAACAAUUCACCAAUCUUCGAUCAAUUUCAUUGAUAAAAAUUGAAUAUAAAUCAUUGCAUCGAAUAUUACUCGACUUAUCCGAGUUGAAACAAUUAGAAGCCGUUUCAUUUAAUUAUUCCGGUGAAAGAGGAAUGCACAUCAAAUUGGAAGAUAACAUAGGAGAAUUACCUGUAAAAAUCUGUUCACUUUCACCAAACUUUUAUCAAGAAAUCUUUCCACAAUUAAAAUCUAUCGGUACAAUUUAUUCCGAGGAAUUGACAUCAAUUGAUCUACCAAAUUUACUUCACUUAAAAUUAAAUUCAUACUCAUUAACAUUCGAUAUGAAUGAAAUCUUCAAAAAUGCUCCUCAACUUCAAUCAGUUACAUUUCUUUUCAGUCAUUUCGACCAUUUUAUUGCAACACAAUCAUAUAAUUCGAUAAAACAAUUGAAUUUAACAAGCGCUCAUAUUUCAAUGCCAAUUUGUAGAAUUGAACAAUUCUUACAAAAUUUUCCAAAUUUAAUGCAUUUUGAAAUAAGAGAUGUUAAUGAAACGACUGAUAUGAGUAUUCUUAAUGGAUAUCAAUGGCAGAUCAUUACACAAACAUUUAAAACAUUCAAUUUUGAAUUUCAUGUCAAGAAUGUUCUAACUGAAUCCGAUUUAGAUUCAUUUCGAACGCGAUUUUGGAUCGAAGAAAAACAUUGGUUUGUCGUUUAUCAUGACCGACGUCUUUUUACUGUUUCUCUUAAUGAUAUUGGUCUAUCUGCUAGUUCUAUAUCUUCUGAUUCAUUUGUAUAUUUAACAAUACCAAAUAAUUCAAUUAUUUAUCAACCGAACGGCUCCUCUGAUCAUCAAUUAACUUCACCUGACAAAAACUUUCGAUUGAGUUCAAUUAAAAAUCUUCAAUUAUAUUGGAAAAAUUCGUUUGAUACUUUAUCAUCAAUUAUUGAUCUAAAUCAAAUUGAAUAUUUGAGAAUCAGUCAUUCUUCGUAUCAUCUAUUGAAAUACAUUCAACAUCACAUGUCAAAACUUCGUACAUUAUAUCUUUCAGAUAAUUUUGAUAAAAUGAAUUCAGAAGAUUCUUCUAUACAUGAAUUACAAUUGAAACAAAUUUGCACAUUAAAAUUUAAUAGUUGGAAUUUUUCCGAACAAAGAAAUAUCACAAAAUUGUCUCAUUUAUUUCCUUGUGUAGAACAUUUACAAACCUGGUGUAUUAAAUCAAGAUCAGAUAUCAUUUAUAUCAUUGGUCAAUUCAAACAAUUGUCAAGUAUAACAUUUACUAUCGAUAGGAAAGUCAAUUCAAAUAGAUUGAGUCCAGAAUUUACGUCGGAGUUGAUUGUUAAUGAUAUUAAACAACAUUUUCGUUGUUCUGUGACAUGUGAAUUAGAAUUUGUAUUGAAUAAUUGUGGUUUACCAUCGCUGAUUCACAUAUGGCUUGGAAAACGAAAUAUCAUUACAACGAACGAUUCACAACAAUCGCGAUUUCCAUAUCUUAUAUGGCAUGGAAUAAAGAAGUUGUUUUGA